GAACGAACUACCGAACGAAACCCUUUGACUUACUGGAAAUGAGCGGAUUUCAGGGCUCUAACAUGAGUGCAGGUCCCCUUCCUGUAAAGGAGACAAUCUACAUUAGCACUGCGCCUCCACCGGAACCUGCGAGACCGACACCUGUUAACGUGACCGUUACCAAGAAUGGCUACUGGGCCAGAACUAACAGACAGUCAGCGACGUCUAGCGCGGUUUUCUUUUUCCUUGUCUAUGGCGGCAUGGACUUUGCCGCCAGCUUGGGCUGGGAUCCAACCUUCAAUGUGCUCUUGUCCACCGAGUUCUCCUAUUCCUGGUUUAUUGGCGUGAUAAUAGGAGCACUGGCAGCUAUGGCCACCAUGGCAUUUAUGCCCAAGCAGGUCUACUAUGUUUUUGGAGGUCUAAUGCAGCUUACUGGUUCCAUUAUUUUUACUGCUGCGCCGGGCGACUACUCGUGCUGCCUGGCGGCCCGCUACGUGGCUGGUGUUGGUAUCGGCCUGAUCACCGUCCCGUUCAUUAUCCACAACGCAGAGGUGGCGGCCACCAACCAGCGCGGCGUUACCUCAGGACUUGAGCAAUGUGGCCUGGCCAUGGGUAUAGCCGCCCAGGUGGUGUAUACUACGGAGUGGCUCACCCUUAACGAUAGCAACUCGAACUUGAUACACGGAAUUCUCGGAAUUAUCUUCUCCUUGCUGGGCCUAGCAAUGAGUGGUAUGGCCAUGGAGUCACCGGUCUUCUUUCUGCAGCGCAAUCAGGAGCAGAAGGCGCGCAGCUGCCAACUGCAGCUCGUGGGCCACAAUACCGGAGCCGCCAACAAGUACUUUGAGGAGGCCCGGAUCUACGUGGUGGAGAGCAGUAGCAGGAGCCUCGGCGAAGAGCUGGUCGCCUCCGCAAUGCCCUUCGUCAAGCUGCUCUUAUUCCGCUGCUGCGUCGCCUUCUCCUUUUCCCUGCCGCUGACCAGCUCUAUUAUAUACAGCAGCCAAUUGGUUGAGGGCAUCUCCCUCCCCUGGGAGCUGUACGUGUGGGGUGUGCUCCGGCUGAUCGGCACACUGGUUGCCCUCUUUUUCCUGGACACGAUCGGCCGCAAGGCUGUGUCGCUCGUCGGUCUGCUCUGCAUGGCCGGACUGAUGCUCGGCAUGGCGGGUCUGUACAACGACUUGUUGAGCUUUUAUUCUAUGGCCCAGAUAUGCAACAUUGGGAUGGCCUUCCAGGCCUUUGCCGGACUCUUCAUCUGCAGCUCCUCAGUCUACCUGGGUGAGGCCUUUCCUCUGCGGCUAAAGCCCUACCUCGUUGGACUGAUCGUGAUCGUGGAGCAGGUGAUCCACGUUAUCGUGAUUGCAUGCAUUGGCUCUGAAGUAGGAGUCAACUUCUUCGCGUACUUCCUGUCCGUGGGCAUUAUCAUGCUCCUGUGCGUUAUCUUCUUCGCCGUCUCCAUGCCGGAAACGAAGAGAAUGACACUGCGGGAGGCCGGCCACAAGUUCCAGAAGUGGUACGAUGUGACUAUAUAUUAGGCUUGAGAAUCUGGAAAAAACACUCAUACCAACUUGUUUCAUAUUUAUGUUUGCUUUUUGAAAAUAAAACUAGUUUGUAAAUGAAUUUUUAAACAUUA